UUUCAGUUGUAUAAUGUACUCCUUAUAAGCUGAAUAUUGAACGUCUAUGCAUAUACUAAAGUCAUUCUGAAACAUGGUUUGCCUAGCCUUCAGAUCUAGGACACAUCACGUGUGCAUCAUCGGCAACAGCGGCGUUAGAUAUGGAUGAUGCUUCUAAUAAGGCAAUUCCUAGAUGGCCUUGGUUUGUAUUUCUAGCUAGGGCUAUGGGUUGUUUACUUUGCAACUCCCUCUCCCACCUCUUUGCUUGCCAUUCCAAACGCUGGAAUGUGUUUUUCUGGCGCCUAGACUAUGCUGGCAUCUCCUUAAUGAUAGUCUGCUCCUUCUUUGCUCCCAUCUACUAUGCUUUCUCCUGCAAUCCAUAUUCACGAUACCUUUAUCUGACCUCCAUUUCAUUACUUGGUAUCCUUGUCAUCAUCACCCUCCUUGCACCUGCUCUGUCCACUCCCCGCUUCCUAUCCUUCAGGGCCUCCCUCUUUCUGGCCAUGGGCUUCUCAGGGGUGAUUCCAGCAGCACAUGUCGUGGUUCUCUUUUGGGGCCAUCCACAUAUGGUUUUGGCCCUCAGAUAUGAGCUUGUCAUGGGUGUUUUAUAUGCUGUGGAAGCGAGUUUCUAUAUGAGUAGGACACCAGAGCGAUGGAAGCCUGGUGCAUUUGAUAUUGUAGGGCACAGCCAUCAGAUUUUCCAUGCUUUUGUUGUGUCAGGAGCGCUUGUUCAUAGCGCUGCCACCCUCCUAGUAAUGGACUGGCGUCGGGGUUUGCCAAACUGUUUCAUAAGAAAAUUCUUAGAAAUUCAUGCUGAUUUAAAUGAAAAUUUUGGAGAAAUGCUAUGGAGAGAUAACAAAUAUGCUACUAUUGAAGAUGCUCUAAACGCAUUAUGGUUAGAAACUGUCUCCAUAAUCUAUCAUCUUGCUUCUCUCAACAAUCUGAUGUAUACAUAUAGGCUAAGCAAGUAA